CGCAUUUGUUUCCAGCCGGAAUUAUUUUGCACGUGGACACUCAAAUCCUCUCCACUGUGAGUGCAGCAGUAACGUGUCCUCCUCCCUGUUACUUAACUGUGAUAAACACAGUAUUACAGAGAGUGAAUAUUAGAAUUGACAGAGCCGACAUGGCGGACUCCACGGCGCAGAACCUGGAUUUUACUCUGAAAGAACUGACUCUUUCCCGUCAGAGCGACGACGCCGACGCGCCCGGCAGCUCGUCCAGCGUGGUGCUGGAGGACCACAGACUGGUGUGCGUGGAGUAUCCGGGGGUCGUGAAGAGCGUGGACAACAUGCUGGAAACCAUCAAGGGGGAAAAGGGAGUGUCCAAAACCUUCGCUCAUCCAAACAGGCGUCUCGAGCUGCGUUUCCGACCUCAGGACCCUUUCUGUCACUCUCUGUACGGAAACCGCUUCCCAUCAAGCAACCUGGUCCUCAGAGUGCGGCGCCGCGUGCGGAAAAGGAACCCGAAGGACGCCGAGGUCCACAUGGAGAUACUCGGAAUCAUAGGAACAACUUACAAAUUCCAAGGGAUGGCCGACUUUCAGUGCUUCGCUGUGCAUUCAGAAGGUGGAAAAGACGUCUCUUUGUACGACAAAAUCAUCCUCCGCAAAUUAGAGAAUCAGGCGUUCUUUGAGCAGCCCAUGCCCCUCUUCCUCCCCCCGGCAAGCUUCUCCCGCCUCGACUGUCCUGUGGAUUUUCACUACCGGCCCAACGUCCUUAAAUCUUUAUUCAAGGGGCCCCCCACCACCAGCACCCCCAGUAGCAUCAGCAGCGACUUUAUUGUUGCGAAUCGACAUCGAGCCGUCCGGCGCCACAAUGCCAUUUUUGUCAGCUUCACGGAUGCCACUGUGCCCACCGAGUGCCUCGAGGCCGCCAGGCUCAACUGGAUACGAGUGUGCGUGAAGGACAGUGACAAAAAGACUGAGGAACAAAUGAAAAAGAUGUUUGAGAGCCGACCCAUCUGGUCACGGAAUGCAGUCAAGGCCAACCUCAACAUCCACCCUGAUAAACUGAAACUGCUGCUGCCUACCUUCGCCUACUACAUGGUGACUGGGCCCUGGAGGAGUCUGUGGGUGAGGAUGGGCUUCGACCCACGCAAGAACCCAGACUCCAAGAAAUACCAAAUGCUGGACUUCAGGAUCCGCUGUAGCACCAAGCACGGCUAUUCAUUAUCUGACAUACCAGUGAAAGCCAAGAGGAGUGCCCUGACCUACAAUCUGCCUAUCACAGUCAACAAAAUGGUUCCCCAUGUAGCAAGUGUGAUGGACCUUCCUGGUCAGGAGGGCGCAGGCUCCAGUCGAGAUCCAGUUUCAAAACCUCACCAGCUGAAGGAGUCCUCCUACAUUUUCAGAGAGGGCAUGCUGCCUCCUCACAGACAGAUGUUUUACCAGCUGUGUGAUUUGGAUGUGGAAAGCAUCCAACAGGUGGUGGCGGGCAACGGUGAACAGCAAGUGUGCGACGAGAGGGACGGCUGGUGCGUUCUCGGCACUACGGACAAGCUGAGGGACAUCAUCUCAUCCAUGAUCAAGACGGUCAUCCGAGCCCAGAAGCCACCCUUGCCAGACUUCCCCAAGAAACAUAGACGCCUCUGCCUAAAUUCAGGGAGAGAGGAGGAGGAGGAGCAGGACGACGAGGACAAUGAGGAAGACGAAUAUGAGGGGGAUGAGUUCCAGCCGUCGGAGGGCAGUGAAAACGAGAUGGAGACAGAAAUUCUGGAUUACUUGUAAACAAUCACGGCCAUUUUGAUGACAUUGUUUUUAAAUGUAAAUA